UAAUGCUGCCGUUUCAGCCGCAUAGCGUCCAUUUACACACACACACACACACACACACAACCCCACUGGACUACGGAAGCGCGAGCGCCUCGCUGCCUUAUCGCGUUAACACGCCUCUCUGGAUCGGAUCGCUUCCGCGCAUCAUCAUCAUCAUCAAUCUCCCGAAAGACUGCAGGACCAAAUACAGGCGACUGAAUUUCAGUCUCACAAUAGGCUUGUUUCCCCCGUUUCUUUAUUCUUCUUCUUUUUUGUGUGAAAUGCCAAAGUCCACCCGUCUGGGCGAAGUUCGGUGCGUCUGAAUGAUAGUCGGGUUGCAUUAAUCAUCACCGCGGCAUUUCCAGCCUCUGAUGAGAGAAAGUGCUGUCACUUUGGGGUGGGGUUGGAAGUGUUUCAGAGUAACUUUCUUGGCUAAAGGGAAGUCAGUGCCAGUGCUCUGUAAUUGGCUGUUUAUCCGCUGAAAAGAAAAGUUUGUAAUGCCGUUUGGCUGAGCGUUUUGCGGCUGUGAUGUGUUUGGAAAGCGCGCUGGGGCGGCAUGCUGAGAGAGGAGCACUGGAUCAUAACGUGAAGACAAACGCGAGUGUUUAGUUUGAGCAGGAGAUUCGAAGAGAAGACUCGGGGAGGGAGAAAACUGACAUGAGCUUCAUGCGUGAGUGUGGUUUUCCUCCCCACCUCUCUCUCUCUCUCUCUCUCACACACACACACACACACACAGAGCUCCCCAAUAGCUUUUUGUGUUGCUGCUUUUGCCUUCUCCUCCUUAAAUAUAUGCAUGUAGGUUAAAUGAGUACCUGAUGAAAUAAAGGCCCUCUCCCCACCCCCGGGUUACACGGAGAGGGGAAACCCGAUAGCGGAGAGGAAAAGUGGCCGCGCUGGAAAACAGCCCCGGCUUUGGGAAUUGCUCGGGCUCUGCUCUUUUCUCUCCCCCACUUUCCCCUGCUCGCUCCCGGCAGAGAUGAUCAGUAGCAGCGCUCUUGAUGGCUUAAAGAUGCAGUGGACCCCAGAGCAUGCACAGUGGGCAGAGCAGCACUUCGACAUCUCCUCCACAACCCGCUCCCCAGCCCACAAAGCUGAGGCAUAUCGCGGGCACCUGCAGAGAACCUACCAGUAUGCCUGGGCCAACGAUGACAUCUCUGCCCUCACAGCCUCCAACCUCCUGAAGAAAUACGCUGAAAAGUACUCUGGGAUUCUGGAGGGUCCCAGUGAGAGGGCACUGCUGUGCUCAUAUUCAGAGAGUACCCCAGGACUACUGAACGGACGCAAGUCCGAAAGUGAAGUAUGGCAAGAGGGCAUCUACCCCAUGAACUGCACAGCAGAUGUGAUAUCUGCAAGCAAGGCCGUAGUGCCAGCCGCUUUGCCACCAGCGGACAGUGCAGCCAACAUUGGGAGCUCAUCUGGGGUGGCAAGCAGCUUGAGUGAACCCAGCUACUCCAGUAGCAGUUGUGGGAGCCACACGCCUGCUGCCCUGCACUCGGGGAUCCCUUCUCAGGAGUUUGCAAGUGGCUACAAUGGCACUUAUCUGCAUUCUACCUAUAGUGGCGGACAAAGCACCCCAGCCCUGCCAUCCCCACAUCCCUCACCUUUGCACAGCAGUGGACUCCUUCAGCCUCCUCCACCCCCUCCUCCUCCUCCAACACUGGUGCCUAGCUAUAAUGCAGGUUCACCUAACCUCUCUAGUUACAACUACCCUCCUACAGGGUAUCCCCCCCAGGCUUCUGUUGCUCCAGGCUACAGCCCUGGAGGAGCCCCUCCUCCUUCAGCCUACUUGCCUUCAGGCAUUGCAGCUCCCACUCCACUACCCCCCUCUACCAUUCCCACUUAUUCCUACCAGUCCCACAACCAUGCACCUAUUGCACCAACACCUUUGAAUGGCAGCUCAGCCAACUCAUUGAAAAGAAAAGCUUUCUACAUGACAGGACAAGGAGACAUGGACUCCAGUUAUGGAAAUUUCACUUACAACCAACAGCGCUCAACUCAAAGUCCUAUGUACAGAAUGACAGAUAGCAACCUUGCUGACUCAAGCAGAGGGAAUGGAUUUGACAGAAGUGCUGACACCACAUCUUUGCCAUUUAAGCCUACAAAGCAGCCAAUGUCCUCGGAUCAACAGCGUAAAUUCAGCAGUCAGUCUGGCAGAGCCAUCACCCCCCCAUCCUACGGCGCAUCCAAAGGUUCCAUGGGGUCAGUGCGAUCAGGCGAGUCUUUCGGGAAGUUCAGUUCACCUGUUAUGAAUGAGCACAAUGAGGAGCACAGGCAGCACUUGCCACAUUCCAUUGGCACAGUUCCCUCAAGUGGCCACCCAGCCGAGGAGCAGCUGAAAAAUAGUGACUCCAGCCUGGUGGAGAUGGUCACCACUGAGGUCCUGCAGCAGAUGCCCCCUGUGGACUGGAGUGACAUUGUAGGGCUUGAGUUGGUCAAGGCCACCAUUAAAGAGGAGGUUUUGUGGCCCAUCCUGAGGCCAGAUAUGUUCAGUGGCUUGGCACCAUUACCACGCAGCAUCCUUUUCUUUGGACCUCAGGGCACUGGGCGGACAUUGCUGGCACGCUGUGUAGCCAGCCAGCUUGGUGCUGCGUUCCUCCAGCUCAGUGGAUCAGCGCUAGUCAGUAAGUGGCUGGGGGAGGGCGAGAAGGUGGUGCAGGCCUCAUUUCUUGUAGCUCGCUGCCGGCAACCUUCAGUCAUGUUUAUUAGUGAUGUAGACCUUUUACUGUCACCACAGCGAAGUGAGGAAAGCCCGGUAAAUCGUAUCAAGAGUGAACUUCUCCUACAACUCGAUGGAGUGCUCAGCUCGACUGAGGACCAUGUCUUGGUCAUCUGCUCCACAAGCAAGCCUGAGGAUAUAGACGAAGCUCUGCGUAGGUACUUUGUUAAGAGGUUGCUCAUCCCCCUCCCAGACACCUCGGCACGACACCAGCUCAUCAGUCAGGUGCUCUCCCAGCACAACUACUGCCUCAGUGACAAAGAGGUGGCACUGCUUGUCCAGCGGACAGAGGGAUUCUCGGGGUUGGACCUGGUUCGUCUUUGCCAGGAAGCCAUUGUCGGACCCUUGCACAACAUGCCUGGCACAGAACUGUCCGGAAUCAUACCAGGGCAGAUGAGGCCGCUAUCUUACCAAGACUUUGAAAAUGUCUUUUGCAAAAUCCAACCCAGCAUAUCACAGAAAGAACUAGACACAUACACUGAGUGGAACAAAAUGUUUGGUUGUAGUCAAUGAAAUGGGGCUAAAGGGGGCCAUAUAGAGUAAUCCUGUAAGGAGAGGAUACAAUUCAGAAUUCUUUGGGUGAAACAUACAAUAUUGAAGGGUGGGUAUUACGGAUGACCCUUAAAUAACAUCUGGAAUGACACAAUGAAAGACCUGAAUGAUGCAUAGCUAUGCUUAAGUCCAUAUAAGGCCCUUUGCACAUAGUCUAACAGAAAGUCCACAAUUUGGCUCAACACUGCUGAAGCUGAGCGUCACUUGCUGAAGUGCACUGUCACUGAAAUUACCACAAAGACAAACUCCGUUGUGUGUAAAUAUCAUUCUGCUGUUUUUGAGAUUCUGUUGCUAUUAAGUGCCUAAAGUGGUGCUUUAUUAUUUUGUAUUUUGAUUGAUUUGCCUCACAAUCUACAUUGGUGGCAUGUGCUAAUAUAAAAAGCUUUAACCUGAGACUAAAAACAACAAAACAACAGUAUUCCUCAACUGAGUCUGAUCUGUAGGCCAUUUGUGGGCAUAAGAAGCUCUUGUGGCAUUUAUAAUCUGGACCCUAAUUUAUGGACUUUGCUUUUAAUUUUCUUCAAAAACUCAGGAAAGUGAUUGUGAUUUGUACAGUACCUCAAAAGAUUGUGUCAAAGCACUACAUAUUGGGUUUGGAUUUUGAUUUGCAUCGAGCUAAAAGUCUCACCUCAACUGAUUAAAACAUGACAAGGAUAUGACUAUGAAUGUAACCAGAUCAUUUCUGGACUGUUUGGGGGAAAAAAAAUCUGUUUAUCUUUUUUUCCCCUUUCUUUUGUCAAAUAUUGAAGCUGAAAUUAAAAAUAUUAAUUCCAUUGUGA